UCUAAAUUCAGCAUCAAACCACCCCACCUGGAAAACAUCCUCUCCUAAUUUGGCGGCGGCGUGUUCACCCGAGCACAUACGCUGAAAUGCAGGAAGUGUGGAAAGUAAAAGAUCAGCAGAGUCGCAGUACAGCCGCGGCAGGAGCUUGGCUCCGAAACUCCGAUGCAUGCAUACGCAGACCUCCCCACCUGCGACCUGUCCAUACCUACCUGCCCCACCACCUUCGCCUCCCGUUCCGGGCGUUCCCGGCCUCCUCGCUUAUAUAUACCACCUUGCUUCUUCCCACACUCCAUCCCACCUCAUUCAUCUCACAGACUCGCAGCUCACAACACCUGCAAAAAACCCACAUCGAUCUCCACUUGAGAACCAACCAACUAACCGGGGAAGAAAAGACUCUCCAGUUCAAGCCAAAAUGUGCAACCCCAACGUCAAGUCCACGGGCGUCGCCCAGAUCGACGGCCGCCCGGUGCUGCAGCCGGCGGGCAACCGCGUGACGGCACCGGACGGUGCCCGCCCGCUCAAGAAGUCCCUGCAGAAGUCACUCUCCAUGCCGGCUUCGUUCGACAAUGCCGCUGCGACCACCUGCCCGGCCGCGCGGUCCGCGCCUGAGAACACCCGCGCGGCGGCGGCGGCGGCGGCGGCGGCUUCUCUCCUGCCACCUACGCCCGCUUCGGUCACCGCAAGAGCAACGAAGGCGGCUGGCGCCAAGGUCGCGGCAACCGUGGCCGCGGAGAAGAGCAGGACGAAGGCCAACAAGAAGGCUGGCGCUGUGCUGCCGGUGGUGACAUUCGCGGCACUGGAGGCGUUCGAGCCCGCCGGGAGCAUCGCGGCGGCGCAGCGGGAGCACGCCGCGCUGGCGCAGGCGCAGCGCAAGCAGCGGAUCGCGCACUACGGCCGCACCGCGUCCUUCUCCCGUGUCGAGGGGAGGAUCGGCGCCACCGCCACAGCGGCUGCCGAGCCCAUCGCCGCAUCCCCCGCCGGGCACGACGAGAAGCGCUGCAGCUUCAUCACGCCCUACUCAGACCCCCUGUAUGUCGCGUACCACGAUGAGGAGUGGGGAGUGGCCGUGCACGACGACGAGUUGCUUUUCGAGAUGCUCACAUUGUCCGGCGUGCAAGUCGGGGCAGAUUGGACUUCCAUCCUGAAGAAAAGAUACGUCUACAGGCAGGCAUUUUCCGGCUUCAAAGUGGACGUGGUCGCCAAGUACAUGGAGAAGCAGAUGGCGACGCUGAGCGCGGACUUCGGGCUGGAUUUGGGCACCGUCAGAGGGACCGUCAACAACGCCUGCCGGAUUCUCGAGGUUCGGAGGGACUUCGGGUCGUUCGACAAGUACGUGUGGGCGUUCGUGAACAACAAGCCGCUGUCACCGAGCUACAAGUACAGCCGGAAGAUCCCCGUGAAGACGUCCAAGUCGGAGUCCAUCAGCAAGGACAUGGUCCGGCGCGGCUUCCGCUUCGUCGGCCCCACCGUCAUCCACUCCUUCAUGCAGGCCGUCGGGCUCACCAACGACCACCUCGUCUCCUGCCCGCGUCACCGCGUCUGCUCAUCCUCCUCCGCUGCUCGCAUAAACUGAUUCUGAUUCUGACCACCGCCGACCACCCACAAAAACGAGAGGAAAAAAAAGAACUCUCAAGGAGGAAAAGAUGAUAUAGCCUUAAGUAGUAGUAUACAAAAUGGAGUGUUUGUUUGCAAGUGUGUAUGUGUGCUUUUGUGUAGAUUAAUUACCGUCCCUAAUCAGCCAAGGAGCUUGCGUGUUAACUGCCUUACCACUUGGUAGCCAGCCAGUCGUGACUUGUGAGUACCACUACUACAGAAGCUUGGUGUAUGUAUAGUCAUUGUUUGAGA